CUCCUCCUCUUCUCCCAUUCAUUCUCCCCUCAAGCCUCCUUUCUCUGUUCCUUUCUGGCUCAACUUCUGAUCGUGUAGCGGUGCGCCUAACGGUGAAGGCGGGCGGUGAUGGCGGUGGAGACGCUGCGUCUGAGGAAGGAUGGCUUCGCAGCCGGGGAGAAGGAGCAGGCGGCGGCUGCGGCGGCGGUUGGGGUCACGGGAGGGCCGGGGAAGGAGGCGCACUUCCGCGGGGUGAGGAAGCGGCCGUGGGGGAGGUUUGCGGCGGAGAUCAGGGACCCGUGGAAGAAGACGAGGAAAUGGCUGGGGACGUUUGACACGGCGGAGGAAGCGGCCCGAGCCUACGACGAGGCCGCCCGCAACCUCCGCGGCCCUAAGGCCAAGACGAACUUCGGGUACUCCGGCGACUCCGGCGAGAUCCCGUCUUCCGUCGCGGUCACCAUCGCCGCCGCCGCGCCGGCGGGGGUCUGGGGCCUGCAGGAGUGGCGAUCGGCCUAUCCGGGGCCGCCGGACGGCCGGGAUCUGUUCCUCGGGCCUCCGGCGGCGAGCGGAUCGGACUUCCCCGCGUACCGGUUCGAGGCGGUGGAGUUGAUGGUGCGGAGCAAGCAGGAGAAGAAGAUGAUGGCGGCGAUAGCCAGAAAGGAGGAAGAGACCAAGAAGAAGCCCUUAGCCUUCGAUCUCAACCUCCCCGCCCCUCUCUUCUGAGAUAGAUCCGGCGGCCCAGAUUCCUCCUCCGGCCUUCAUUUUUUUUUUUUUCGGUGUACGCUUCAGUUUUUGUUUCAUUUCCGCCUUUUACUGCCGGCGGAUUUUAUCCGCCUUUCUUGGUUUUGUGUACAGUCUAAUGAACCGCUAAUUCGCGAGCUUUUAUCGUUUAAAACCUGCGAAAUAAUCGUGAGACUGCGAGUUAUUGUCCGCGGUUUUAAUCGUGGAUUCGCAGCAUGUACGAUGCUUA